ACCUGGAAAAAGCGCACAGUCUACAACGCAAAAUAUAGGCCAAUCCGCCAUAUACUCAAAGUCUUUAAUAUUAAACGAAAGGAUAGAGCUGAAGUAUAAUUUCAUACGUGCCACUUUAGCAGCAUUAUUAUCUUGCGUUAUGCGUACUGAUUACUGACUCUGCUGUCCUUGCAUUCACCGUGGGGACACGUACUGGACUGUCUGUUAACAGCUGGGAGGAGGCUAUCGCUUUGUGUACUGGCAGCACGUCAGAGGGUUUCUGUUUUCCUCUUACAUCAUUCAAGGUAUCGAACCGGCUGCAAGCUGUGCAGAGAUGAUGUAGCAUCAUGGAAAUUAGUACAGUUUUUCCCACAGUCAGAAAGGAGAAGAGAAUAUGUUUGGCCGCAGCCUUGCGCCGUUUUAUUGCUCCUGCCGCACCUGGACAGGUUUGUGCCAUCAUAUUUUAACACCACUGAGACGAUCCCUUCCAUUUGGCUAAUGGAAGACGUGCACAAGGGUGAAAUAAUAAAAUGCUUGCCCGAAAAGGUAUCAUCCCAGAAGAAUAUCUCAUAACAAGAUUAGCAGAAGACAACAACCAGCCAACAUAUCGCACAAAACCUAGGAAGGCACGUUUUGUUGCUAAAAAUGGAGCCUGCAAUGUCGCUCACAAGAACAUCCGUGAGCAAGGUCGUUUCCUCCAGGAUGUCUUCACUACCUUGGUUGAUCUUAAGUGGCACCACACUCUCCUUAUCUUUUCAAUGUCCUUCAUCUGUAGCUGGAUGCUCUUUGCAAUGGCAUGGUGGCUUAUUGCCUUUGCACAUGGUGACCUUGAACCAAAGGAGGAGCCUUUUAUACCCUGUGUGACCAGCAUUCACUCCUUCACCUCAGCAUUCCUAUUUUCCAUUGAAGUCCAAGUUACUAUUGGGUUUGGGGGACGGAUGGUAACAGAGGAAUGUCCCCAAGCUAUCACAGUUCUUAUCGUCCAGAACAUCUCUGGUUUAAUUAUCAAUGCUGUUAUGCUGGGAUGCAUCUUCAUGAAGACGGCCCAGGCAAACAGGAGGGCAGAGACGAUCAUCUUUAGCAAACAUGCUGUUAUAGCCUGCAGGAAUGGCAAGUACUGCCUUAUGUUUCGGGUGGGUGAUCUUCGGAAAAGUAUGAUCAUCAGUGCCUCCAUCAAGAUGCAGAUUAUCAAGAAGGCUGUCACUGCUGAAGGUGAGGUGGUACCACUAUCCCAAAUAGAUAUUCUAGCAGAGAAUCAAGUAGGAACUAACUCCAUCUUCCUGGUGUCUCCCCUUAUCAUUAGCCACACUAUUGACAAGAACAGCCCUCUCUAUGAGGUGUCAGCAUCUGAGCUUCACAGCUUAGACCUAGAAGUGGUUGCCAUAUUGGAAGGGGUAGUGGAGACUACUGGGAUAACCACCCAGGCACGGACUUCCUACCUGCCAGAUGAAAUUCUCUGGGGUUAUAGGUUUGUUCCUAUUGUAUCUGAGGAAGAUGGAAGGUACUCUGUGGACUACUCAAAGUUUGGCAAUGCAGUGAAAGUGUCCACACCACUGUGUAGCGCUCAAGACUUAGACAUUAAGAGGACAUCCCAUCUUCCACAAUGGGUUUCACAAAAUGGCUGUGUUAAGAAACAUAAAUAUAAUAACAAUAAUAAUGUGGUGAACAAUUCGGAAAUGUAUGAGGAGCAUGCUGUUCUGUUUGCCUCGGCUGAGUCUUUAGAUUUAUGACAUUCCAAAACAGUUUUUUUUGUAUGUUUGAUGAAAGAUUAAAAUAAUAUGGAUUUAAAUGGAAUUUUUAGCCAUGUGAAAACUUAAUCAUUGACUCUUGAUCUUGGAAUUUCAAGGAUUCUUUUACUUAACUCUCAGUCAGAAUCAGAUGACCCUUAAAUCAUAAGGUAAACAGGUAAAACAAACUGUUUUUACCACAAUGAAGAACUUCAAAAUUAUCAUCACCACAGUGUUAAAACAAUCUUCUUCUGCACAAAAUACCAUAUUUCCUGCCAUAAUAUGUCACAUGGCUUUAGAAAUGAAAUGUUGAGGGAACCUGCAAAUAAUUUUAAUCGUUUUCAUUCCAUUUAUUAAAUAAAUUGCAUCAACAAGGCACCAAAGGAAUCUGAGUCCCAAUUGUAUUUUGUAACUAAAACAAAGACGGUAGACUAGUACGUAAAAUAAAAUACUAAUAUUCACAGGCACUGUAUCACCCUGCUAGUUAGUUGUCCAUAUCACUAUAAUAUUUUCUUGAUUCAUUUUUAUCAGACCUGACAAAACUGUUUAUUUGUUCAUUACUAUACCAUGCACUAUAAUGUAAUUUAGCUAAAUGCAUUGUGAAUUGUAAAUGCUUAGCAAAGUGUAAAUCACGUAUCACAUAUGCUAUGGUAAACAUUUUAGUGGCCUUUUUGUUUUUAAGAAUAUCUGUUUUGUUGAAUGGACUUCUUUGUUUACAUCUGUCAUUUCAGAAUUUUUUUUUAGUAUUGAUAAAGCAUACCAUCCAGAAACAUGCUCCCUGCGUUUGUGGGAAUGGGACUACACUUGUGUGUUUCUGGUGUGUGGAAGGUUACAUUAUGGAAGUGGUUAUGCAAUUCCAUAAGCCUUGGUUACACUCUCAAUGAAAUGUUUUUAUAAAACAGGCUAUAAAAUCUGCUACUAAGUAUUUUCUUAAAAGAUGGUUCAAAAAAUAUGACUGUGUUAAGUACUUAUGUCCAAUAAUAAAAACAUUGUGUGAAAAUAUAUAUAGAAUUCUAAAGACAGAGUAAACCCUUUUCUUUGUAGAGUAAUGUAGGGCUCUGUUCAGUUGAAGAAUCUUCGUGUGUGGGGAAGACUAGCACAUCUUGAAGUAAGCCCAAUGAACAGAUCGUUAUGUGUUGUGUAUCCUUGAUCAGGCAAAUGACUGCAGAAAAAUUUUUCAUGCCUUAACAGAUUAGCAAUUCUCUGUGACAUUCUUUGCAAGCCAUAAUGACCAAGUUUCUGUAGUGCACAUAACUGACAGCAAGGUACUAAUAAAUCUAUGUUACCCA